AUGGACAGAAUACGGCUUAAUAUCCAGACCAUCACCAAUAACCUUCAACAACAUAUCAACCCCAACUUCAACUUCAACUUCAACAACUUCAUCAUCAACAACAACCAUCAUGCUCAAUACACUGCUGGUAGAAACAACAUCAAAUCCAUCAACACUGGUUUUUUAUCAUUCGAUUUUGAUAGACUUGGUAUUCAUGACGGUUCAAAUCAAUUGAUUGGUUCAUCUAUUGGAGAUUACACAAAACUUCUUGUCCCCUUGAUGCAAAACCUUCCAAAAAUAUCACAACCAUUUCUCAAUGUUGAUCUAAUUGAACAAUUUUCAAAUCGUGAUAACUGUUGGAUGUCAAAAUCAAAGUGUUGUUAUGUUUCACAUGAAUUUUUGAUGAAUGUACUAUUCUUGAGUUAUGGGGUGGAGAAAAAUCAAAAACAAAAAAUCUGCUACAUUAUCAAGGGUGAAGAUCCAAUGUACACAUACUAUUGGGAGAUUACACCAUCAUAAGUUAAAACAAGGUAGAUUUUAGAUAAGCUUGCUUUGGUUGUUGGAUAUAAAAUUAAAUAUUCCAAGUCAAUUGAUGAAAGAGCUUCAACGCUUUGUGAAAACCAUCGGUAUUUUUGGGCUCAUGUGGUAUAAUUGGAAAACCAAUGGUGACUAUGAAAUUGAAAAGGAUCAUCGCCAUUACUUGUACUGCUUGGGUUGUGUUUUGAGCUGAAAAUUUAUCCACCUUUCCCUUUGGAAUAAUUAUUGUAGUUUGCGAAUGUAGCUUCUCUUUUUCUUUGACUUUUGGAUGAGGGUUAAGACUUGUCAUUUUGAAAUUUCCAAUCAAGUGAAAUAGCUUUGCAAUAGGUCCAUUGAUGUAUUUUGGGCUAUCCCUGAUCUUUGCACAACAUCAAUGACAUUGUAACUUG